CUGCACUUUGCUUCUCACCGGGGACUCGUCUUCUUGUUUUCUCUUCCAGCUUUUAAGCUUGGAAACAACACUGCGCACAGAUCGAUUUUUUCUUUCCUUGAUUGAUUCCAGUUGAUCGAUCGGGAUGGGCAAGACAUGGGCGGUCAUCACCCACCUCAACUCCGUUGCUGGGCCAAGCAUCACCCUCCUGUAUCCGCUGUAUGCGUCCAUCUGCGCGAUGGAGAGCCCGACCAAGGUUGACGACGAGCAGUGGCUGGCCUACUGGAUCCUCUACUCCUUCAUCACUCUCAUGGAGAUGGUCGCCGAGCCUGUCCUGUACUGGAUCCCGGUGUGGUAUCCGGUGAAGCUGCUGUUCGUGGCGUGGCUGGUGCUCCCGCAGUUCAAGGGCGCCUCCUUCAUCUACGAGAAGCUCGUCAGGGAGCAGCUCAGGAAGUACCGCUCUGGCGGCGGCGGCGCCGCCGCCGAAGAUCACAAGGUGCACAUUGCCAAGGUUGAGCACGAUCAUAGGCACUGAUGUGGAACUGCUCCUGGAUCUGAUCGAACCGGGAGCUGCCGGCGCUGGAUUAGUUGCUGAUGUAUGGUAGAAACGCCGUGUGCUCUCAUGUCGAGAAACAUUAGGAAUUUAUGCCGUAUAUGUGUAUGAACCGUGCAAGAUUAGCUACUAAUGGUUUGGUAGUUUCUGUAAUGGGAUAGAAAGAAUGUGCACCGGCCUGUCUGCGGUAAGACUGGUUUGAUAAUGAAUUCAGAAUUCUCAUGUUUCGCGGUGAAGAACGGAUCAGUUCAUUGCUUUUCCAAAUGUUGGAAUUACACGGAUCCGUGGUGUCAACAAACGAUGUGUUUGAUUGCAGCCCCAAAUAGAGUGAUAAAUGUUGAUGGUGAGGAGCCAAUCUUUAAGCUCAGUUUAU